AUGGGAAAAUCAUUCUACAAUAGAAGCACUCGGUUGUGGUGGGGGCACUAUCAUUUAAGAAUCGGUAGUAGGUUGCAAGUUCGUCUAAACAAAGGUGUGAAAUUUUCUCAUUUUGAACACAUUGGCCGAUUUAUUGAAUUCGCUAGAAAUUCUAGAUCACUACGAGCGGCAACCCUGAGCAAGUGUCUGCGUCGAAAUUUCUGGGGAUCAAAUUUUUACUUCACUGGAAAACCCAAAACAGGUGAAAAUACACAGCAAAUCUCAAAGAAGACACAGAAUGAAGGAGCUUACAUUUAUGCAGUCGAACGAGGAAAAAUAACACCAUCCGAAAUAGAACUAAAAAAAUUGGAAUCAGUUCUAGGGGUCCCUUUAAGAAGAGAAAAACAGAGAACACUCCUAAGGAGACUUUAA